CACAUAUCGACUUUAGACAUUAAUUAUGUCGAAGCAAUGGACUUGCACAGCGGGUCACCAACCAGUGCUUUGCCAAGCUGGGUUCAGGUCGGUGCAAAAUGUCGCUGGUGGUCAGAAUCGCAGCAGACGCAUCACGUAGUCGUCAUAACAUCAGUGGAUGAUGUAAAGAGGCGAGUUGUGGCUCACUUUGCUGCAAACCAAUCAGUCUGGAAAGCCGUUCCUUUCUCUCAAAUUGCUUCUGGACCUUUGCGUCCACCUGAAGACACAAACAAAACCCGCACACCACAAGAGGAGGCAAAAAAAGCAGAUGGCAGGGCAACACCACCUUGGUACGAGCAGCUCAACAUGGCGGAAACGCGGAUGGAGGCCGUCCAGGAAAUCAAGAGGAAAGAAGAAUCCCAUGUUGCCACUCAGGAAAGGAGGAGAUAUUUGUGGCAGCAAGAGCAGCAACGAAGGGCAGAGGAGGAGCACAGGCAACGCGAGGUGGAACGCCAAGCUCGAGAAGCUGCUGCAGAACGUGAAAGGCUUCGUAUUUUGGAGAAGUUGAAGAAGGAGAGAGAGGAAGAGCAGCUGCAAAAGUUUGAGGGCCUGUUGAUGAGCAAGGAGGAUGAGGUUUCUACCAAGGCAAAUGCACUUUGGAGGCAGCGUGAGGACGUGGCUCGGAGGCAGAGAGAAGAGGAAGAACGGCAGCGCCUUGAUGAGGAGCAAUACCUGCUAGCUCAGAAGCUCGAAGAGGAGAGAGCUUCAAGACCUCGAAUUGCUUUUGGAUUAGCAAGACAAGACCGAAGCGAAGCCACAGCAAAGGUCCCUGCUCCAGCAAAGGUUCUGUCUGAAGUGCCGCAGUCAAAAAGCUGGGAGUCCUGGGAAUGGCCGGCACAGGAGCCUGUCCAAGUUGUGCAAUCUCAUCCAUUGCAUCCAUCAGAGACCUUUGCUUUGCAUCGAGAGUCUGCAAACGGUGCAAACAAGCAUCAAGAAUCUCAAGAUACGAGACAGCCUCCACAACGUGGGCGAGGGCGACUGCCAAUUCAAUCGAAUGCCGAUUCUUUGAAAGAUUGGUACACCCUCCAAAUACGAGCGGUCUAUGAGAAGCACAAUCCUGAAAAGCUCGCUGAUGUUCCGCACCUUAUGCAGAAGUAUGCUGGGUGCGAAGAGGAGAUGUAUGACCGAAUUUGUGAAAAGUACGGUGUGAUGCCCCAAGCUCCACCGGCCAACCGUGGACGCCUGCCGCCACCUCCACCACCGGCACCACCAGCACCACCUGCACCGAAGGUGAUUCAGCAACUCCCAAACAAGGCUGUUGGCUUUGCCCGCAAAGCCAGUGCUCCAGCUCCGCCAGCUCCGCCAGCCCCAGCUCAGAAUUCUGAGGAUGCUCCGUCCACGUCAGACCUAAUGGCAAGGUUCCAGAACCUUGUACAGGGCAUGCCGCGGGCAGAGGCUGUCCCUCCAGAUUUGCGAAGACGUUCAAGGAGUCCCCGACGGAGUCUUCGGCGGAGUCCGAGAAAGCCUGCAGGUGGAAGGCUUUACGAUGAAGGACGAUAUUGUGAUGGCCAACUGGAUGGAAUCGUUUCAACUCCCAUUGGUGCGAGAAUGAGGAGGCCACUUCCUGCUGCGCUGGAAGAAGAAAGAGGUUCUUUUCCACCAAAGCCUUCUGGGCCUCUCAACAGGUAUGUUCAUGAUGAAGACGUCCACAAUACAACGUUUGAGAGGCGAAGCAGAUCACAGCUUGAAAGAAACGAGCAUUGGUCAAACGAUCCUGCACCUAUUGGCAUGCGAGCGCCCCGAAGCGACAGCAGGGAGAGAUCCUACAUUCCAGCUCCCAAGCGGCGCAGUCCCUUGCCAAUCGGUGCACCAUUGCGUGGCAGUGCUGGAAGGUACAGAGAUCGAGCUGUUCAGGAGCUUGCAGCAGCUGAAAGAAGCGGGAGAGCAAACACCCCACUGCAGCCGUGCAUGUGUGAUUGAAGCAUUGUCACUGAUCACCUUUUUGUGCCUUGGUCCACAUAGUUUUGAAGGACAUCUCAAUUGAGUUGCUGUCUUGGGCUUGGCUAUAUACAUAUACCGUGCUAGCCAAUCAGCCUCGAAGCGUGAUCGGCAAUGGGAUCCCGGGGCAUUGAAAUCUGC